AUGGCAAACAAGUUGCAUUUUUAUGAUAUUGCUCAAAGAGUCGUCCAACAAAUUCGGAGUGAGGCCGAGUCCAAAGCCCAUCAAACGCUACGCAGCUAUCCAGGCAAUGCCAACAAGGCUGAACGCAACAAGGUAUACGGUAUUGAGCACCCUGGAUCCACUGGUGUGAUUUAUGUGAUGGAUCGUGCCAUGCAACAUGGUUUUACAUAUGGCGACUCGUCCUGGGCCAAUUUUGGACAGGGUGCACCAGAAGUUGGUCAUAUUGAUGGUUGUGCCGAAAAGCCAAGCAAUAUCGAGAUACCUGUGGAAUCUUACGAGUAUGCCCCAACUGCUGGUAUUAAACAACUGCGAGCUGCUGUUGCCAACCUUUACAAUGAAAUAUACCGCCAAGAUAAGUCAUCCAAAUAUACAUAUGAAAAUGUGUGUAUCGUCCCUGGUGGACGUGCUGGCUUGACAAGAGUUGCAGCUGCUAUCGGUGAUAUUAACGUUGGCUAUUUCCUUCCAGAAUAUACAGCCUAUGAGCAGAUGCUCUCAGUUUUCAAGAAGUUUGUACCUAUUCCCACUACCCUGGACGAAGAGAAUCGAUAUCAUAUUGAUCCAUCCACGAUUCGAAAAGAGAUAUCGAACCGCGGUCUGGGCCUUAUUGUAGCCUCUAAUCCCCGUAACCCAACUGGUCAGUUGAUCGAGAACGAGGAAUUGAGGGAUCUGGUUACUAUAUCACGAGAACGACAUGCUACCUUGGUCAUGGAUGAGUUCUACUCGGCUUAUAUUUACUCGCAUGACGAAAGUGAGAAUGGAAGAACCGUCAGCAUUGCUGAGUUCGUCGAAGAUGUGGAUGAGGAUCCAGUGAUUAUCAUUGAUGGCUUAACCAAGAACUUCCGACUUCCUGGUUGGCGCGUAUGCUGGAUUGUUGGGCCUAAAGAUGUCAUCUCCUCGAUGCAAAGUUGUGGAUCAUUCCUGGAAGGAGGUGCCAAUCAUCCACUUCAAUUGGCAGCUAUUCCUCUGCUUGAUCCAUCGACGUACAAAAAUGAAGCCAAGUACUUGCAAGCCCAUUUUAGAUCCAAGCGCGACUUUGUUCUUGCACGUCUCGCCGAAAUUGGUCUCAAGGUCAAAGUGCCACCUGUUGCAACGUUCUAUGUCUGGCUUGAUUUAAGUGCCCUCCCAUCACCUAUCGACAUUGGGCUUAACUUUUUCGAGGAAUGUCUCAAAGAGAAAGUUAUCGUUGUGCCUGGAAUAUUCUUUGAUGUAAAUCCUGCAAACCGACGUGAAUUAUUUGAGUCACCAUGCCAUCACUUUGUACGUCUCAGCUUCGGCCCUCCUAUGAGUGAGCUCGAAAAGGGUCUAGAUGCUAUCGAACGAGUGGUUGCGAAAUUCUCUAGUUAA